AAAUGGCAAGUGAAAAGGUUAGACGUUACACCAAAUUUGUUGAGAACUCUCAGCUUUAUUUGGCUAUGAUUUUUUUGCAGUUUGUGUAUGGUGGCAUGAACAUUAUAACUAAAGUGUCGCUUAACCAAGGCAUGAGCCAUUAUGUUCUUGUGGUUUAUCGCCACGUCUUUGCAACUGUUGCCAUUGCUCCAUUUGCUAUCAUCUUUGAAAGGAAACAUCAACCAAGGAUAACAUUCCCAAUUUUCAUACAAAUUUUUAUCCUAGCUCUGCUUGGGCCUGUGAUUGAUCAAAAUUUGUACUAUGCUGGGUUGAAAUUCACUUCACCAACCUUCGCAUGUGCACUGAGCAACACACUUCCUGCCAUGACAUUUGUGAUGGCUGUUUUAUGCAGGAUGGAGAAGAUGAACAUAAAGAAAGUGAGGUGUCAAGCUAAGGUAAUGGGAACCGUUUUUACUGUAGCUGGGGCCAUGGUGAUGACCUUGUACAAAGGUCCUAUUGUGGAGAUGGUGUGGACCAAACAUCAUAGGACUAAAACCAAUGCCAAGGAUACAAAUAAUACCCAAAUAUCCUCGGACAAACAAUGGUUCAUAGGCUCCAUCUUUAUUAUCCUUUCUACCCUAGCUUGGGCAUCCCUCUUUGUUUUACAGGCCAAAGUGAUAGAAACCUACAAGAAUCAUCAUCUUAGCCUCACAUCACUAAUCUGCUUCAUAGGAAUUAUUCAAGCUACUGUUGUUACUUUUUUAAUGGAACCAGUCUGGUUAAUUGGCUGGGAUAUGAACUUACUCGCUGCUGCUUAUGCUGGGGUGUUUUCAUCAAGCAUGUCAUACUAUGUGCAAGGAUUAGUGAUGCAAAAGAAAGGGCCUGUAUUUGCAACUGCAUUUAUCCCUCUAAUGAUGAUCAUUGUCGCUAUAAUGGGCUUCUUUCUUCUCGCUGAGCAAAUUUAUCUAGGAGGGUAA